AUGGCUUUGCAGUCUUUAUGCAGACCGUCGUCGUUAGCUCUCUCCCGGCUGGCAAUUUCCCGGCGUAUGCCGCUGGCGAUUGCUAUCGCCAAUCAAGUCCGAUUCCAAUCUACAAAGGCCGCGGACUAUCAAAUCAUUACUCCUCUAGAUGCCCAAAAAGCCCUUGCCGCUCAACGCCUAAGUCGGCCUGUAGCGCCGCAUCUUACUAUCUACAGAUGGCAGAUUGGCGCCAUCUCGUCCGCUCUUGAGCGUCUUACGGGCAUGGUGUUCUCUGGCGGGCUGUACCUGUUCGGCACGGCAUACCUUGUUUCCCCUUACCUCGGCUGGGACCUCUCGACAACAGCCAUGGCGACUGCAUUUGGCGCGCUGCCGCUGAUUGCUAAGGCGGGACUAAAGUUUCUCGCUGCGUGGCCUUUCGCAUUUCACGUUGUCAACGGGUCUCGGAUUCUCGUCUGGUCCUCGGCGAAAUAUCUGACAAAUAAACAUGUCAUUCAAACGGGAUCUUUCGUUUUCGGCCUUGCCACAGUAGCUGCUGCUGCGUUGGCAUUCUUGUUAUAA